AUGGUGUGUGGUUGUGGUCUCAACCAUCAUAUUGAUGGUAGCGAGCCAAUUCCGACACAGUUUCUUGAUCAGAAUAUGCUAAAUCUGGCUUACAAAGUAUGGGUACGAGAAGACCAACUUGUGCUAAGUUGGAUUGUUGCAUCAGUUUCUGAAAAUAUUCGGCCUCAAUUAGUUGGAGCAGAGACUGCUCGUGCAGCUUGGGAUAAACUUGUUGUUGCAUAUGCUUCAGGAUCGAAGCCACUAAUUCGUGAACUCAAGAUGCAGUUGCAUACCUUGCGUCAUGACAAUGCAAGUAUUGAGGCCUAUGUACAAAAUGCCAAAGGAAUCGCGGAUAGAUUAGCUGCAUUACAACAUCUGAUUCACAAUGAUGAUUUCGUUGAAUUUGUUCUUGCUGGACUAGGCCCUGCCUAUCGGCCCUUCACCAGGUCACUAGUUUCCCAUCAAGAAGACAUUAUGUUUGAUGCAUUAUAUGGCAUUCUCCUUAAUGAAGAAAGACAGUUAAAAAUAGAUGAGACCAUUAAUGUUAUUGCACCCACCUCUCAGUUCACUCAGAGUUCUAUUUCUACCACUCGAGGGCGUGGAAAAGGUCAUAUUGCACGUGUAUGUCCUUCACCACGAGCUAAUAGUAUCAGCGUGGUGUCUAGCCGACCCACUUCUAAUCUUGCCAGUUCUCCCAAUCCACCUAUACAAAGCUGGUUAAUGGAUAAUGGCAUCACGCAUCAUCUCACAGCAGACCUUGAUAAUCUAGGAUUUGACAACGAGAAAAAUCCGACACAAGAAUCGAGUAGUGGCGACUUAUAUUCUCUUCCAGUGCUGCACUCUUCAUCACCUGCUUCCUAUGCAGCUUCUCUUGGCGUUUGGCAUGCUCGUCUAGAUCAUGCAUCAUACCCUACAGUUCAUCAUGCUUUACCAUCCAAUGUGCUUGCAUCAUCAUCAAAUGAAUAUCCUAGUUUAUGUUCUACAUGUGAUGUUAGUAAGAGUCAUAAACUUCCUUUUAAAGAGUCUAGCUUCAAGGACACAGGGCCUUUAGAUUUAGUUUGUUCAGAUGUUUGGGGCGCAGCUCCAGUAGCUUCGAAGGAUGGUUAUCGCUAUUAUGUCAUUUUGUUUUAUCAUUUCAGCAAAUAUACAUGA